GGAGGGAGCUUCCAUCUUCUCUCUGCUUCUUCAUCCUCUUUUUAAACCAAUUUAGACGUAGACUUGGAUGAGAUUCCGAACCUAAUCCAUGAUUAGCUAAAUGGCGUGAGAAAAGGAAGAGUCUAUAAGAGUUUUGAUGAUAUGGAUAUGCAGAGGAAAAUGUUAUUCUUUUUUUCUUUUUUGUUAUGUUGCAUUUUUGGUCUCUCACAGUAGGCGUUUUGCUGAUGUCUUUCUCACGCGUUUGCAUUUGAGAUCUGAGGCUAAAGGCAACAAUUCUGUUUUUAUUUCAUAACGACUAUUAUGCCUACAUGCGAAAGGGUAGCCAAUUGCUGGAGAAUGGAAGCGCAUGACGGAAUUACGACUAUAUUCUGACACUUUUCCCGAUAAGCAUUUGAACUAAAUAGAGUAGGCUACCCAUUAAUUGGAUUUCAACAUUACAUCCACCUACUCAUCAUCCCAAAAUAAUCGCAACUGAUAUCCACACCAUACGAUAUAAAUGUUUUUGUAAUGGUAAAAGAACAAACGCUGCUAGUGUCAGUGACAUUUAAACAGGAUAUCCUUAGGUAUUCGCUUUCCAGUGAAUACAAUUUAUCAGUGUGAAACUGAGCAACUUCAUCGUUUUCUGUAGGAUGUCGCGCCGCAAGCAAGCUAAACCAAGAUCAUUGAAAGUAGAAGACAAUGUGACAGAGGAGCAGCACAGUCCUGGGCAGAGUGCGAUUCCGAGCGAUCCAGAGUGUUCUCUCGAGAGGGAAUUGGAGGAUGGUGAGGCUGAGGCCGGGUCUAGGCAUUUGAGGAAGAGGCUUCUCUCUCCAGAGGAAGGCAAGGAGGGGGAGGACGACGACGAGGAGGCCGCGCUGCACAGCUGCGACAGCUGCCGGCAGGUGUUCGAGUCGCUGAGCGAUCUCACCGAACACAAGAUUAAUCAAUGCCAGCUGACAGAUGGUGUUGAUCUCGAGGAUGAUCCUUCCUGUUCUUGGCCUGCAUCAUCUCCAUCCAGUAAAGACCAGACUUCCCCCGGCCACGGUGAAGACUAUGAUUUUGGCGAGGAUGAAGGGGGCCCCGGCCUGCCGUACCCGUGCCAGUUCUGCGACAAGUCCUUCAGCCGUCUGAGCUUCCUGAAGCGCCACGAGCAGAGCCACGGUGACAAGCUCCCCUUCAGCUGCACCUUCUGCAGCCGCCUGUUCAAGCACAAGCGUAGCCGCGACCGCCACGUCAAGCUGCACACCGGCGACAAAAAGUACCACUGUGGCGAGUGCGACUCUGCCUUCUCACGCAGCGACCACCUCAAGAUCCAUAUGAAAACCCACGCCUCCAACAAGCCCCACAAGUGCCCUGUGUGCCGCCGGGGCUUUCUCUCCUCCAGCUCCCUCCAUGGACACAUGCAGGUCCACGAGCGGGGCAAAGACGGUGGUGGCGGGGGGCCAGGUAGCGGCCUCUCCAGAGAGGAGUGGAAGCUGAAGGAGACGAGGAAGUGCAGCCGCUGCGAGGAGGGUUUUGAUGUCCCUGAGGAGUUGCAAAGGCACAUCGCUGAGUGCCACCCAGAGUGCUCUCCGUCGGAGGACGGGGGCCUGUGCGGCGCCUUGCAGUGCAUCUAUUGCCACGAGCCAUUCAGCGACGAGGGUGUCCUGCUGACCCACAUUGACCAGGCCCACAGCCGCGACCGCAAAGGUCACAACUGCGCCGUCUGCUCCGAGCACUUCCUCUCUGUGGAGGACCUGUACGCCCACAUGGAUGUCCACCAGCUCCCCGAAUCCAGUAACCACAGCAACAGCCCAUCCCUGCUCACUGUGGGCUACACCUCUGUCUCCAGCACCACCCCAGACUCCAACCUCUCCGUUGACAGCUCCACCAUGGUGGAGGCAGCCCCGCCCAUACCCAAGACCCGGGGGAGGAGAAAGAGGGCCGCCCAGCACACCUCACACGACAUUGGGGGCCGUUCGUCCAAGCAGCCCAAGAUCUCCUACAGCUGCAUCUACUGCAACAAGCAGGUGUUCUCCAGCCUUGCCGUGCUUCAGAUACACCUGCGGACCAUGCACCUUGACAAACCUGAGCAGGCACACACCUGUCAGUUCUGCCUAGAAGUGCUUCCCUCCCUGUUCAACCUGAACGAGCACCUGAAGCAGGUGCACAAUGCCGAGGACCAUGCCACCCUGCUGGGCAGCCUGCCUGACACCCUGCUUCAGUGUAAUUUCUGCACCGAGGUUUUAAGUGACCUCAACUCUCUUCAAGAACACAUCCGCUGCUCCCACGGCUUCCCCAGCCCCGUGGCCAAGGAGAGUAACGCCUUCUUCUGUCCCCAGUGCUUCAUGGGAUUCCUGACUGAGGCCACCCUGGAGGAGCACGUCCGUCAGACCCACUGUGACGGGGGCAGCCUGCGUUUCGACUCCCCGCUAGAGGUGACUCCCAAGGAGCCCAUUGUGGAGGUGUACUCCUGCUCCUACUGCACCAACUCGCCCAUCUUCAACAGCGUUCUGAAGCUGAACAAGCACAUCAAAGAAAACCACAAGAACAUUCCUCUGGCGCUGAACUACAUCAACAAUGGAAAGAAGUCUCUGCGGACCCUCAGCCCUUCCUCACCCAUAUCGAUUGAUCAAUCUUUCCUUCAUGGUUCCUCCUCUCGCAGCAAUCGUGGCACUAGCGAGUUCAUCUGCAACCAGUGUGGGGCCAAGUACACCAGCCUGGACCUGUUCCAGACCCACCUGAAGACUCACCUGGAUGGGAUGCAGCCCCAACUCAACUGCCCCCAGUGCAACAAGGACUUCCCCAACCAGGAGUCCCUGCUGAAGCAUGUGACGGUCCACUUUACCAUCACCUCCACUUACUACAUCUGUGAGAGCUGCGACAAGCAGUUCACCUCGGUAGACGACCUGCAAAAACACCUGCUGGACAUGCACACAUUUGUGUUCUUCCGCUGCACCCUCUGCCAAGAAGUGUUUGACUCCAAGGUGUCCACCCAGCUCCACCUGGCUGUCAAGCACAGCAAUGAGAAGAAGGUGUACCGCUGCACCUCCUGCAACUGGGACUUCAGGCACGAGGCCGACCUGCAGCUGCAUGUCAAGCACAGCCACCUGGAGAAUCAGGGCCGGGCCCACCGCUGCAUCUUCUGCGGGGAGUCCUUCGGCACGGAGGUCGAGCUGCAGUGCCACAUCACCACACACAGCAAGAAGUACAACUGCCGCUUCUGCAGCAAGGCCUUCCACGCCAUCGUACUUCUGGAAAAGCACCUGAGGGAAAAGCACUGUGUGUUCGAGGGCAAGGCCCAGAACUGUGGUGCGAAUGGAUCCACCACCGGAGGAGCGGACCACCACCCGGCGGCCAAGGACGAGGCAGAGCUACAGGGUCUCCUGUCCAACAGCCAUGGUGCAGGAGCGGCAGGAUCAGGAGGCGUGUUGGAGUCCCCAAACAACCACGAUGGGAGUGAGGAGGAAGUGGACACCGCUGACCCCUUGUUUGGGUGUGACAUCUGCGGGGCGUCAUACACCAUGGACUCACUCCUCACUAACCACCAGUUCCGAGACCACAACAUCCGCCCGGGCGAGAGCGCCAUGGCGAAGAGGAAGUCGGACAUGAUCAAGGGCACCCACAAGUGUAACGUCUGCCAGCGCACCUUCUUUUCAGAGGCAGGUCUGAGGGAACACAUGCAGACCCACCUGGGCCCCGUCAAGCACUACAUGUGUCCCAUCUGCGGAGAGCGUUUCCCCUCGCUGCUCACACUGACCGAGCACAAGGUCACCCACAGCAAGAGCCUAGACACGGGCAGUUGCCGCAUCUGCAAGAUGCCCCUGCAGAGCGAGGAGGACUUCAUGGAGCACUGCCAGAUGCACCCCGACCUGCGGAACUCCCUGACGGGCUUCCGCUGUGUGGUAUGCAUGCAGACCGUCACCUCCACCCUGGAGCUCAAGAUUCACGGCACCUUCCACAUGCAGAAGACAGGCACCAUGUCCACCAACCACCCCAUUGGCCGCACCACCAAUCUCGCCUCCCACCACCACAACCAGCAUCACCAACAACAACACCACCAGGCCAUCCAGAAACUCUUCAAGUGUGCCUCGUGCCUGAAGGAGUUCCGCUCCAAAUCUGACCUGGUGAAGCUGGACAUCAACGGGCUGCCUUACGGGCUGUGUGCCGCAUGUGUCAGCGCCGCCGGCUCAAAGAGCUCCAGCCCCACGGUGAUGAAUGGAGGCAGGCAGCAGCAGCAGGGAGGAGGAGCCACAACCCCAGCCAUGCCUGUAACAGCAUGGACCGCUCAGACGGAGAGACUCAGCCCCAGAGAGGGGAAAGGCAAGCCGCCCCAUUCAUCGUCAUCGCCCUCCUCCUCUAUUUCCUCGACCGCCACCAAGACACGGUGCACCAGCUGCAACGUGAAGUUUGAGUCUGAGGCUGAGCUGCAGAACCACGUCCAGACGGUGCACAGGGAGCAGGGAGGGGACAGCAACAGCGGGCAGCUCAGGACCCCACAAGUCUCCCCCAUGCCCAGGGCCAGCCCCUCACAGACUGAGGAGAAGAAGACCUACCAGUGCAUCAAGUGUCAGAUGGUCUUCUACAGCGAAUGGGACAUCCAGGUUCACGUGGCCAAUCACAUGCUAGAAGAGGGUCUGAACCAUGAGUGUAAGCUCUGCAGUCAGUCGUUCGACUCGCCAGCCAAACUCCAAUGCCACCUGAUCGAGCACAGCUUCGAGGGCAUGGGCGGCACCUUCAAGUGUCCAGUCUGCUUCACAGUAUUUGUCCAGGCCAGUAAGCUCCAGCAGCACAUCUUCUCAGCCCAUGGCCAGGAGGAUAAGAUAUACGACUGCUCCCAGUGCCCACAGAAGUUCUUCUUCCAGACAGAGCUACAGAACCACAUGUUGACUCAGCACAGCAGUUAACCAGGCAGAUUAUCAGUGGACCUGAGGAGGAGAGGAGAACCAUAUGGCGAGGAGGAGAAUCAUGUCUGACCCGGUCGGUCCUCCAGCCACCUUCAGUGCAAUAUCCCACUGGCUCUUUUGCACUGAACUUUGGAUUCAGUUCACAUCGGGAAGAAACAUGUCACACACACAAAAAGAAAAAAGACGGAUGAAAGACAGAGGGGUGAAAAAAGGACAGAUUAACUUAGCUCUGGUCUUUGACUGGUUGUUAUUUCAACAAAACUGGCCAACUAUCUUUGUAAAUAGAAAUUGUUCAUGUGUUGCUUAAUAACUUCAGCUAUAUUGCAGUCUUAUACAGUAUUUGCCAUUGUACAGUUCUGAACCGUUUGUCCCCAAAAAAAGAACUAGAAAAAAAUGACAAUGCCACUGUCAGUCAGAAGAGGUGGAAUUCAUCAACAAUGUGUUGGUGAAACAGGGUGCCAAUGUGGGGUAUUAUUAUGUAGGGAACAGGAAGUUGUGGUAUGGUCAGUCAGGACCCUUUUCAUCAGUGCCCAUUUCCUGUAUGUGGACACUAUCCUGACCUGGUCAUUCGUUACUGAAGCGGGUAGCGGGGUGCUUGAUCACCAAACCUGACAUUGUGACAUCACAGGUCUCAUUCCAACAUGGCUGUCCUUCUAGAAGACCAGCUGAGGACUGAAUGGUGCAUUUAAUCUGGUCAUCCUGCCUGUGUAAAUUCGAAUGAAAGGAAGAGAAAAAAAGAAGGAAAAACAGUAUAGGGUUCUGAUAUAUGCAAAAGCAGUGACACAGAUUUGGAAAGGCCAGCUAGCUCCUCUGGUUGGCACGGGAACAGAGGCAUCGUGAACCCCCUGUGUCUCCUAGAGCAUUAUGGGGGGGGAUCUCCAGCCCACUGAUUUACUGAUUUAAACCUGUACAAUUCUGUUAUUAAUGUUUACUGCUCGUUCAAGCCUGGAGAUUACUGGAAUUUUUUUCUUCUCGUUUUUGUUAGCUCUUUGUAUUUUAGAUUUUUUUUGCAAUGGGGAAGACAUCCAUUUUGAUUUGGGGUUGUUGUGGAGACUAUACAUGUAUUACUCUGUAGGGAUGUGCUUAUGAAACUUAUGUCCUGGGCUCUCCUGAAGAGUUCCCAACUUAUCCCCUUCCUUCCUCGUUUCCUGCGGUAUCCCAUUGCUCUGCUCUCUGCUCAAGCUGGAAGCCAUUGUGGCGUUAUUAUACACCAAUAUAAAUCAAUCUGUUACAGAUGUAGGAUCUUAAUUUGACCAGUUUUACAGCAGGGAAAUCAUUCUGCAGCGACAGGAAAUGUGAAUUAUUGUGUGGAUUAUAAUUCUUUACCAUUUUUGUAGCAGUUGAUACAUUUUUUGGUUAGAAAAAAUCCAUUCAAAAUCAAUUCAAAUCAAGACAAACUUUAGAAGCCUUUUUAAACCUCGAGUACAUUACAAGAUUUCAUUUCCUGAUAUGCAGGACAUUUCCUGCAACAACAAGGUGAUUAAAUUAAGAUCCCACAUCUGUAAAUGUUUUUGCAUUCAUUGAACCUGAGAUGCACUUUUGUAUGAAACUUUAAUGUUUUGACCUUUUGAUUGAGAAUUGUUCAUACUCAGUUUACAGGAAACUAACCACCAUCUCCUGCUGCAGCAAAAGGACAGUUCUCUUCUCUGAUGUUAUUCAAAUGUUAUUGUACAAAUAUGGAGUUCUGUAUUUGGCAGACCUCAUUUUUGUGUUGCACAUGUGAUAAAAUAUUAAACAUGUAUGAGAAAACGGC